AUGUCCGACCGCGUGCUUAGUCCGACUUUCACCACCUGGAGGGCUUGGUUGCUGCUGGCGGCGCAGCGCGCCGACAGCAGCAACCAAGCCCUCACCGAAGAAGAGCUGCUCUCCAACGCUUACGUCUUUAUCGGCGCCGGCUAUGAGACGACGAGUACGGCGUUAGCAUUCACAUCUCACUUGCUGGCGCGGCACCAGGCCGUGCAGAGCCGUCUGUACGAUGAGAUAGCGGCUAACGUGCCGGCUAGCGGCGACCUUGACUACGAGGCCGUGCUCGGCUUGCCCUAUCUGGAGAUGGUGAUCCAGGGAGUCACUGCCUACAUGCCGUUCGGCUCUGGGCCGCGCCACUGCAUUGGCAAGCGAUUCGCCCUGAUGGAGAUCAAGCUGGCGCUGUGUCACGUGCUGCGGCCGGUGACCGUCUGA